AUGUCCAAGCAGACAGAUCUUCAAUGGCAACAGGUAAGGCCCGGUCGAUGGGAGCGUGGCAUCGACGAGGUUGAACAGUUCUACACCUCCCUGGCGAAAUCAUACCAAGGCAGCGGGCGCACCUUCUUCGCCAUCACGGGCUUCGUCUCCUUCUCUGUCAGGGCGGACGACGGUGUUUCCCAAGAGGAGACAAGAGGAAGGGUUAAAGAUGCCCUGCGCAAGGCAUGGGUGCAUCUGCGUUUCGACCACCCGACCAUUGCGUCGUGGGUGGAAUGGGACACCGAGCGCAAGCGCUGCAGAAAGAUAUACGAAUCUCCCACCGGCCAAGAUGCCGUUCAGUCGUGGCUAGAAUCCACCUUUCUCAUCGUGUCAGACGCCAUUUCCGGGUUUGAAUGGUGCAAUUCGGAUCCUCCGGUGCCGAAGCUACCGACUCUCUUUCUGAUAUGGUCAUCUCUUCGCGUUAAAGGCUUACUCCAGGGUGAUCUUGUGCUCCGCGCUCAUCACGACAUUAUCGACGGCGUUGGGACACUGAUGUUAUUCGAUAAUUUCUUUAACCACGCGGCCAGAGCCUAUGAACGAGGGUCGGAUUAUCCUCUCCCGUGUUUUGGUACGGAAUACGCAAACCUGAGUCCCCCGUUCCUUGUAGCUGCGGCGCUGCAGCCCAGCAUGUCCCCCGAGCAGAGGGAAAGAUUCGAGUCGAUCAUGGCAUACAACGCGUUUAUGAAGCAGGAUCGUAUAGAGGUUGCCAGUGUUCCAUUUAAGAGGGGAGAACACCUCCCUGGAAAACAUCAGAGGGUUGCCGUCACUCUUCCCGCUCAGCAAACCACAGCCAUCCUCAGCGCCUGUCGCCGGCUAGGUCUGAGUGUGACGCAUGCGUACCAUGCAGCGGUUGCGAUGGCGGUGCGAGAUCUUCAGGAACGGCGCGAUAGCGAACGCCUAGUCAGAUACAUCAAUUACAGCCUGAUCAACGAGCGCGGACAUUGCUUGAGCCCGUACGAUACUCCUCUCCAUGCAGCAGCGGUCUACCACUCUGUUUCAUGCAGGCUGCUCAUUGUUGAUACCAAAGUUCCGAGUAUAACUGACGGCUCGACUCCGACAGAGGUGAGCAGAGAGGAGUUCUCAAGGGUCGCCAAGACUGUCAGGGAGUUCUAUGACGGAAUCCGGAAGGACAAGGAUCACAUCCAGAUGAUACCCUUGUGGUACGCCAGCAACACUAUUCCCUACCCACACGACGACGCCACGCCACCAGUCCCAGAACCGAAUCAGUCGCCGUCGGUUUCAAUCUCCAGCUUGGGUGUGGUGGACAAGGUGAUCAGCCCUUCGCAUGGGGCAUUCGAGCUGGAUAGCCCUUGGGUGACCGGUGAGGAACUGGGGACGGGUCUCGGCCUGUUCCUAGGGACUUGGAAGGGGGUGUUGACUCUGAGUGCGGCAUAUAAUGAUGCAUGGCAUGAUAAGGAAGAGGUAGUGAGGCUUAUAGAGCGAUGCAACAUUACUGUGGUCUGCGGGCUGGGGGUUGAGCAAUUAUGA